ACCGAAAGCAGCAGAGUCCUACGGCUGAAACCGUGGCUAAAACCCAACGGAAAACAACAAUCCGAACUCAAAAACAUCCCGGAAAAUAGACGAAAUUCUCACCGCCAAUUGCCGGUAGAAAGUGCGAAUAAACAAAUAGGAUAAACAAUUAUUUGUGAGCGGGGAAGCCUGGAAAAACUGUGAGCAAACAGAAAGUGCUCCCUAGUGCAAAGUGUGGAACUCAAACUUUUUAAUUGGUGAAUUAUUAAAUUGGAGCUCGACCAAGGAGGCGCACUAUUUUUUAAUGGAAGCCCCGGAACGAGGAUAAUAACCAACCCGAGGGAACCAGCCUCAUCGGCGACAUGAUCCCCGCGAUGUCCGCGUAAUGAAAACGAAACCCAGAAAGUUGUCCUGCCGUCGCUGAGCGGAAAAGCAGCCCGGAAAAGCCAGAAAUAUUUCAAAUAGGCUACUGAAAAUGAAGUCCGUCAUUUUGUAUCCGUACGGACCGCUGACCGGAGGCACACGUUGCUGUCGCAUGUUGCAUGCCAAAAAUUUGGCCAUAACAAGUGCAAUUUACACAAUAAAUAUAUCGCUCCUAAUCGUACUGAUAUACUCGUGGCGCAUUAACGUCAACAUGCACAAGUCGGCCGAUCUGCAGGAUGUCUACUACGGUGUUCAAAUAGCAUACUUCGCCAUAAUCGGCACACAAAUGUCCAUGGUAUUGCUGAGCAUUGUGUUGAUAUUUGGAAUAUGUCGGGAAAACCCCGGACUAAUCGUACCCUGGAUAAUUGGCUAUAUAACAUUUAUGGCCCUGGAAGCUGUCGCCAUGGUAUACUCCAACGUUCUGCGCGAUCAUGUAAAUAAGCAAUUUGAUGCCAUGUGCAAGGCCGAGGUGGCGUUCUUUAUUGCUCGAGCCCUUAUAAACGUGCUGGCCAUGUGGGGAGUGCUGCGCUUCUACAACUUGGUGCGCUCUGGAAUUACUUGGCGGGGACCUGAGGCCAAGACCGCAAUUUUCACACCGAUGUACAAGAGUGUCAGUACGAACAAGCCGCACACAUACACGUACAGCAAGCGGUCAAGGCGUCGCCACAGCAUGGAGGCGACUUCCGGCGGAUGCUGCGCCAUCUUCGAUUUCGACUUUGAGUACGACGACGACAACGACGACGACGAUGACGAGGCCUAUGGCGAUGGCCUGGACACGGAGGAUGAGGUGGGCUACGACUACGACGACUACUACGACUACUACGACGAUGACGAGCUGGCGGAGCAGCAGCAGCUGGGACUGCAGCAGGAGGACGCGGACUGCAGUAUGUUGGGGGCAGCCAAGGCAGGCAGAUCGCGCUCCAAGCCUCGAUCCGCUGUGGUAAAGGUCAAGGGUCAGAGGAGUGGAAGUCGCCGCACCAACAACAACAUCCGCAGCGUGCUGAUCAACAAGCGGCACAACAAGUACAAAAUCGCGCGACCCCAAACGCAACUGGAGGUCAUCAACGAGUCGGAGAAGAGUGCGGGGAGCGGCAGCGAUGAGAACGACUCGCUUUUGGUGGCCUAUGACAGCAGUUCGUCGAUGGCGUCGGUUUGACAUUGGCCGCCAUGCAAAUCGGGAACCGGAAAUGGAAAUGCAGCCACUGGAGCAGCGGGAGGCGAUAGAUCCAGUGGCACAAGUGACCGGGGAAAGUGCCAUAAUAACAGCGACUGCAACUGCGACUGCGACUGCGAUAGCAACUGCGACUGCAGUGGGGACAACAGAGCCGGAAGCGGAAGCGAGGCCGACGACGACGGCGAUCCUGACGAGGGCCAGCAUCUGGAACCUGGGUGGCCGAAGGGCGUCCGCCUCGCUGGUCAGUGUUGCGGUCAGCGUCACCGCCGACGUCCACUGCGACGCGUCUACUGCGCUGUAAAUCUGUCCAUAAUGGGCCUCCUGGUGGCCGUGGAGAUAUAUGCCCAGAUCGCCAUAUUCCUGUAGAUCAGAACCGCCACGCCCAUCUCGAAAUGUUUCUUCCAACUCCAGAUAAAAAAUGGUUCCAAAGAUAAAUAGAUAAAUAUGAAAAAGAACCCUUUAAUUGCCAGCUUCCAGCUUUAAAUGUAAAUAAAAUAGAAGAAUAUAAUAUUGAAAUAAAACAACAUUAGCUAAUGCUUUAACAACGCCGAAUUAAAAUAGUUCAUAUCGCAACAUAAAUACUUUUAUGAAAUGAUGGGUUGCAGUAAAAUAAAACUAGUUUAGGAUUGAUUUGAAUACCUUACAUCUACAUAACUGUUUACUUUUGUUCUAAACCUCCAAACAUAAUUUCAUCAAUAUAUUUUGUUGAAAUAUGUAAAGAACCCAAAUGAUAAUCUCUUAAAUACUAUUUUUACCAUAAUUUCAUAAUAAGUUUUAAAGGUUAGAGCGAUUGAUUUAAAUAAUUUUGUUACAACUCCCUUUAAAAAAAACAUUUUCAUAGUCAUAAAUAGAAACCUUCAUGUAAAUACGUCAACAAAAAGGUCAAAGUUAGCAAAAAGUCAGUAAUAAUAAGAACAAUAAUAGCAGUAACUCUAAAUGUGUAAAAAUAUUAAAAGCCGUUUCCAUAUCCAAAAGAUAAGAAACCCAUAGCAUGUUGAAGAGCUCUCCAAGAGAUAAAGAAACAAUUUUCUGUUAAUAAGGAUCAAAUACUCUCCAGUAUUAAGUUAACAGAUAAAAGCCACUCCUUGCAAAGCCCAGAGAAAAGCUUUAAAAUACUUUACUUUAAACGAAGUAAGUCGCAUGCCUAUCAAACAAAACACAAAUAAAAACGCGGAGCAAAAACAACAGAAACAUUUAAAAUAAGAUUAGAUGAAGAUGUUAAACGAUUAAAAUGUUUAUGAAGUGCUUAGGAAAUUACUCUGUAAAUACUUCCAGCUAUCUCAAGUUGAAGUCGGUGACGUACAAAAAAAGGGCAAAAAACCAUAUCUAUAAAUGUUGUAUAUAUACGAAGUGAUAUUAAGUACAGUUGCGCCAAAAACACUAUAAGCCAGUUUGAAACUAACCAAUAAAUGUGAGUUGAUGUAUACCUUACGAUAAACCAAUAAUAAACACUUGAUAUUUGUGAAAAA